AUGACGAAGACCCGAGAAAAUUACGACAAUGUCGCGUGGGAUAAGAACGACAAAGCUUGGGAUCAAUCACAGAAACAGCUCCGUCUCAAAUCUACCUGCCGCCAGGUCGAGGCUCUAGCCGAGGUGGCUCUCGGGAAGACAUCAGCAUCACUUGUGUCACCAAUAUUUUUCGGCGGGUUUAAUGCUCUCUAUCGAAUCAAGUUUGUACAAGAUUCCUCAGAUGUAAUUGUUCGACUGCCUUGCCCCAAUCUCGUCCAGUUCCCAAAAGAGAAGACCCUCUAUGAGGCCGCAGCUAUGUCGUGCCUUGCCCAAUAUACCACUAUCCCGGUUCCAACCCUCUUUUACCAUACUUCUUCAUCAGAUGUUGGACCUGCCUUAGUCCUACAACACAUACAAAGCGUUCGGGACAUGUCAGAUGCUCUCGCGAUCCCCAAUCAAGACCCAGAGGAAACCCCGGUACUGAACCCAGAAAUUGAAGAGACCACGCUGAGGAAGCUAUAUCAGCGGAUUGCUGUCAUUGUUUUGGAGCUUUACAAACCCACCUUCCCUCGAAUCGGGUCGUUGACUGAGGUUGAAAAGGGUCGCUAUUCAGUGGCCGGACGACCUAUUACCCAGAACAUGAAUAACAUGAUUCAACUUGCGAAUAUCCCAAAGGCGGUGUUACCAGAAAAGAACCAGACCUAUGAAAAUGACCACGAUUGGUAUAUCGCCUUGGCAGAGAUGCACAUGGCACAAUUACUUUUUCAGCAUAACGAUCUCAUCCGCUCAGAGGACGACUGCCGAAAUAAAUAUGUAGCCCGCAUGUUAUUUCAUAUCCUCGCAGAACAAGGCCGCCUGUCCACGUUCGGAUUCGUCGAUGAUUUCUGGUCGGCCCAGGCCUGGAAUUCCGGGCUUGAGUGUCCCACACCUGACAGCUGUGAUGACUUUCGACUUUGGUGUGAUGAUUUCAGACCCGUAAAUCUUCUUCUGAAUCAAGAACACGAGAUUGUCGCAGCCAUUGAUUGGGAGUUCACAUAUGCUGCACCCACACAAUUCAGUCUAGAUCCUCCGUGGUGGUUACUGUUAGAGGCACCUGAGAUGUGGUCCAAAGGAAUCGAUGACUGGGCAAAUGUUUACGACCAGCGGCUUAAGACCUGGCUGCUCGCAAUGGAAGAGGCUGAAAGCGCUGCGACUGAUCCGCCACCAAUCAAAUUAUCCUCUUACAUGCGUGAGAGCUGGAAGAGUGGUAGGUUCUGGCUCAAUUACGCUGCGAGGAAGAGUUGGGCCUUUGAUGCCAUCUAUUGGAAGUUCUUGGACGAAAGAUUCUUUGGUCCUCGGGAAGUAGUCGAGCACGAGGAUUUGUAUUGGAAAACAAGGGUUCAGUUCUUGGGUGAAGAGGGGAGACAAAAAAUGGAAGUAUUUGUUCAAAGAAAGAUGGACGAGGUAAAAGAGCGUGUCUUGGUUGACUGGGAUCCCACCGCAGCAAAAGAUCUUUUGUCCAAGACGCUAGGGAAUGAGGACCAGGUUUAA